UGUGUCAUAAGUUGUAUGUCUAAUUGUGUGUCCUUUAGAAAGUGUUUCGACUUUUGUUGUAAUUGUUAUUAUUUAUAAAUUGAAUUCACAAUAUUGUAAACUUAAGAAAUGUGCUUUAGUAACAAAUUAUGUUGUACCUUUUAUGACCAUAAGUGUGAACCUUAACAAGAUAUUUAGUUUUGCGAAUAACAAAUAUUAAAAAGCAAAAAUGUUCGCGAGCUUAAAAAGUAAAAUUAAGGAAGAAACUGGCAGCGACAUUAGCAAAUUGACUAGUAGCUGGCGAAGCGGGGCCUUUUUGGGGCGAAUUACAUUAAGGGAUGAUUCGUCUACAACAAGUCCAUCAACUUCAGGUGGGCCCGGAGAUUCAACAUCAGAUUCCAUAUCACCACAACUACACACCUACUUAUCGGACCGCACUGGUGGCGAAGUGGACCAAGUGGCCCUUCAACAACAAUAUGCAGAACAGUUAGAGAUUAAAUUAAGAGAUAGAGAUUUGUAUUGGGAACAGAAAAUUGAAGAACUAAAACUCUCAUUGGCUACUGUACAAGGUGAAGAAGCCCUUGCAGCGCAAGUUGUGGCACGAACAGCUCAAGCCGAGGCAUCCAAAGCAAUUACAGCUCGAGAUGCAGCCGAGAAGCAGCUCAGUGAACUGAGGGCGCGACUUGCAGCUGCAGAAAACGCACAGGACAAACUCGAUACACUAACUGAGGAAGUGGAGCAGUGCCGGCGCGAGUGGGCGCGCGAGCGCGGCGAGCUGGCGGGCGCGCUGGGCGCGGCGGAGGCGCGCGCGCGGGACGCGGCCGACCAGCUCGAGGUGCUGCGCGCCGCGCUGCCGCCCACGCACCCGCACCACCACAUGCACGACGACGAUAAGCGAGAAGUGAAGACGACGGGGUGCGAGGAAUUCGACCGCGUAUGUCGCGAGCGCGCCGUGCUGACGCGCCAGCUGCAGGAGGCCAAGAUGGCGCUGGCCGACGUCAAGACCUCGUGGAGCGGGCAGAUCGCCUCCCUGGAGACUCAGGUGGCGCGCGUUUCGCGACAGGCGGGCGAGGAGGGCGCCGAGAGACGGAGAGUCGAAGUUGAGAAAAAGGAACUACAAGAGAAAAUAGAUAGCUUGUCUGUCGAAUUGGAAAAAACAAAACAAAACCUUGCUAAUAGUGAAGCUAAGGAUAUGACAGCUGAGCUCGAGAACCGUAUCGCGGUAUUGACCGAGGAGAAGCGAGAAAUAGCUGAGGCACUCGAAAACGAACGGACACUAGUCAAGAUACUACGGGAGAAGAUCGACAAGUCCAACCGGCUCUACGACGAACAGAAAGUUGAGGUGAACCACCUUAACACCAUGAUGUCCGAUAUGCAACACGACUAUGUCGAUAUACAAAGGAAGUUCGACAAAGAGAAAAGAGAAAAAGACGAGGCUCUGCUACGCAACGCCCACAUGUCCCAAAACAUCGAAAUGAGCCAGUGCAACGUGCGGUACUUGGAGACUGAAAUAGUUGAUCUGAAAAAUAAAAUCGCUGAAUUAGAAGGUGUUAUUGCGCAGCACAAAGAGAACCAAGCCGAGUGUAUGAUUAUAAAAGAGAACGAGACGACUAGAUUAAAAGAAAUGGAAGAGUUGAAAAAAAACAUCGAGGCAUUUACAGAGAGUGAGAGCGCUCUUAAGAGAAACAUACAAGACUUACAAACUGAAAUCUGUGAUAAGAAUAAGAAAAUAAAAACUUUAGAUAAUCGAAUAUCAGAUAUGAAGAAAACUCUACAGAGAGAAUUACAGAGUAGUAAGUCUGAUCUCUCAUCUGCAGAAGAACAAGAUAUAAGUAGACGGUACCUGAAGCACGUGGUGCUGCGCUUCCUGACGUCGCGCGAGCUGGAGGCGCGCCAGCUGACGCGCGCGCUGGCGGCGCUGCUGCGGCUGUCGGCGCACGAGGAGGCGCUGCUGCGCGAGGCGCUGCCCGCGCGCUCCGGCCUCGCCGCCUGGUUCCCCUCGCUCAGCGCCUGAGUGCAACCCCCCCCCCCCUCAUUACGAGUUUCAUUCGUACGGUAUUAAAGCAGUAGCUGACGCGCUAUUAGAGACAAAAUAAAUCACAAUAUUCGAUAUAAACACCGCACUGUACUGCACUUGAAACGAUCGAGCGAGACCCCGCGGACGGCUGGGGAGGACGCAAAUGUGCAAUAAAAUAUUAUAUAUGAUUGUAACGUUACACAUAACUCGUGGAAUUGAGCAUUAGUAUAGGAACAUUUAAGAUGUUGAUUACUUGCGAAUAUUAUAUCAUAAAGAGGAAGAAGAUAUACGUGUGAAUGGCUGAGACGUAAACAAAUUGAGCUUUAACGUUAUUUGGACUAGAAUUGAUUUUAUUUCUUCGUAAACGAUUUAUUAAUCCUCAUUCGCUUUGAAUUUUGUGAUAUUUAUAAAGUAUAAAAAUUAUUUACAAUUAUAAGUUUAAAUAUAUUUAUUUUUACAUUCCUUUUUAGUUUUUAAUAUUUGGCGUGUGUAACAUUUGUAAAAUUGAAACUUGUAUAUGAAUGAAUCCCGACUGCAGUACCAACUUGUUAAAUAUAUACAUAGUAACCGUAACAUGUAAUUUGUAAAUUUUUACUUUUGUAUUUAAUCAUGUAGUUAAUUAAAAUACUAUAAAUGUUUGAAAAUAAUGCCUUAAUAGUUGCUAGUCAGAAUUAAUAUGUACAGUUAAUGAUGUAUUAAGUAUAAUCGUUGAAGGUUAAAAAAGUUCAGAGACAGCUUCGUUAUAUGGUUCUAUAUAAAACUAAAAAUGUCAAAACAAGCACUGCCGCUAAAUAAUGUAAUUAUGUAAUGUAAUGACUUCUAAUGUUGAUUCAUAUAAUGCUUUGGAUGGCUUCUUAUUUGAUUCAUGAUUUCGACACAUUCAAGAGCUGAGAUGGCACAGUGGUUGGAACACAUGUAUCUCAUUGGAAUAUUGCUUUGUAAAAACCAAGAAAGCACCACUGAAAUUUGUAAAUUUAAUUUGUAUUUAAGCAGUGUGGUGGAAUAAGCUGUAGAGCAUUUACAGACUGUUUAAUCUACAUGUUAGAAGUCAUGAUUUCAAUCCACUUAGAAUUGUUAUUUAAAAUAUUUUUGGGUAUUAAAAAAAUUACAGUAAUAUUUAGUAGAUCUACCGAAUUUAUAGCAACUUGUAUACCAAAUACAUACAGUACAGUUUAUAAGCUUUAUGAUAAACAUUUAAAUGCCUUCUGACAAUGUACACUCGGCUAUAUAUAUACUUUUCAUAUGAACGUUUAUUCCAUAUAAUUCAAAAAGUCUUAGGUAACAGUCGGUUCAUACAAGUAUAUAGUUUUAAAAAUCGAAUAUAAUGAAAUAUAUACCAAAUAUAACACUAUUUAUAAACAUGAUCUGAUACACAUAGCUAUUUGUACUUACACAAAUGUAGACACCGUUUCAAAGAUCUUGUUUAAAUUAUUCUAGUCUUAAUAUUCUCGAAAUUAUAAGUUAAGUAUGAAAUUUAUAAAUAAAACGUUGUUUAUUGUUUCAUUUGGACAGCUUAAUAAUGAUCCCCGGUUUUUCUUCCUUGUUUUCUGAAUAGUAUUACAAAUCAU